AGAUAUAAAAUUGCUAUAACUUCCAAGUCAACUUUAAAGUUGAUUCUAAAAUUGUGACACUAUAGUAAUAACAGUCUGCUAUAAUAAUGUCACCCAGAAUAAUCGCUUUAGUCACACAUUUAGUUUUGUUACAAUAUGGACUUAAAGCUGAUCUUAAAAUGAAGCACUCAAACCAUUUGUCGGCGCCAUUGACGAAUUUUCUGCUUUACAAAGGAAGGCUCUAUGUAGGAGGUGCUAAUGAAAUAUACGCAUUGAACGAAAACUUGGACAUAAUCCAAACGGCAAGUACUUGUGGAUUCUCGUCAGGUGUUUGCAGUGAAUACAGAAAUAUUAACAAAAUACUAUUAGCACAUCAAAGUAAAAAGGGAGACGUGUUGAUACUGUGCGGUACGGAAAACUUUAAAUUAUGUGAAAUAAGAAACCUGUCCAAUAUAGAUAUUGUUAUCGGGAAAAGUUCAGACCUUGUUAAAGCUGAUUACUAUCUAAAAGUAUCUUCAAAUGAGCACAGACCUGCCGUUGGAAUGGUUACUCAGAAUGGACAGUUCACUAUUGCUGUAACAUUUGGAGAAGGUAUUCAAAGCAUUGAACAAAAUGUCGGAAUUAUGACAUAUAGAUACGCUAUAAGCACAAGGAACUUAUACAAUUUUCAUCCAGUUGGUAUUUGGUAUGAAACAAAAGUACUUCAUUUCCAAAUCGAAAACCUUUCAUUAGAAGAUUAUAUAGUUUAUUACAAAGCAUGUUUUCAACACAACUGGAUUAGCUAUUUUGUCACCAAUCAGAAGUCUGAGGUAGGAUCAAGCAACUAUGUAUCAAAACUGGUGAGAAUAUGUCAAAAUGAUACUGGUUACAAUUCUUAUGCAGAUAUUGUUCUGAAUUGUAGAAAGAAUGGCAUAACCUUUAAUUUAAUUCAAGGCGCUAUUCUCUUUGACUCUGGGCCCUACACUAACAAUUCAGAUAAACUUUUUAUUGGAGCGUUUACACGUGGCAAUGAUCCCGAACAUCCUUCUGGGGACAGUGUGAUAUGUGUUACUAAACUUAACAUACUGGAGGACGCCAUUUUGGAAGCACGGCGAGAAUAUGCAACGUCCUCUUGUAAACGUUCCGAAGAUAAAAACAAGCGAUAUCUUCCAGCAAAGAGACAGAAUGUAAAGUGUAUUACAGAUAAAAAGGAUCUUGAAUUGUUUGAUUUCGAAUGCAACACUCACGAAAUAUAUAGUAAUGUUGUUAUCAAAAAGCCAGUCAGCAUGGCGUCGAGAUUUCAUCUGAAAGCAGAGUCUGGCGUCAUAACAACAUUGCGCGGAACGAUAUAUGAAAACAAACUUGUUGUUCUUCUUGGCACAUCCACAGGAAACAUAAUACAGACAGUAAUGCUACAACAUUUUUCGAUGGUAGAAACAAGUAAAGAGGCAGUUGACGCCGGCUACAGUAUAAGAAAGAUAUUCACGGAAGGUGACAAGACAGUCUACGUAAUGAGUAGUAACAGAGUAAUGAAGUAUCCGACGACAAAUUGUUCUGAAUUCAGAUCAUGUGCCGACAUUGUGCAAAGGAAAAAUCCACUCUGUGGCUGGUGUGUUUAUAAACAAAGGGCUACGCGGCGAACUGAGUGUUCCGGGGAUUCUCGUCACUGGGUGACACCAUUUGAAGAAUGUUUGUCAAUGUCGAUGGAACCAUCAGUACUGCCAGUCUCAAUUACACCUCAGUCAUCUAAUCUAAGUGUCACAAUCCGGAUAAAAAAUAUCCCUAUGAAACAUACAGGCGAUACAUAUCAUUGCAGAUUCGUACUUCACUCAAACAUAGGCAUCUUUAGCGCAGUGGAACUUAAGAACAGUGGAUUUGCCUGUAUGUUGCCGAAUGUUUCAGUUCAUGCAUACGUUGAAGUCGAGCUACUUGUAAGAACAAUAUCGGGGAUCACGGCUAUUCUUUCAACCAAAACCCUGCUAUUUUAUGACUGUAGACGCCAUAGAAGGUGCAUGGAAUGCAUCCAUACUGGAAGGGAAGUGUGUUACUGGUGUGCAAGAACUGCAACUUGCCAGGAACCGAACUCUGUAUGCAUGAGCCAAAUUUCAGAAGAAGAAAAUUGUCCACAGUUACGUGCCAACAAAGGGAACUUCCUACCUGCAGGGAUCAGAACAACUGUAACUUUACAGCUUGUUAACGCUAGAUCUACUCUUAUUCCGAAAGGUAUCUAUAGAUGCUUGCUACCGGAGACUUUUGUAAGUGCUGUAGCCGUUCUGAAUGGCGACACUGUUUCCUGCCCUUUACAAGUGAUGGAUAUUGGAAAUAUAGCGAAAAGGCACUUCAAAAUUGUUGUCACAUACGGACUACGAGGCGAUCAGUUAGCCGAGGUCGACGACAUUUUUCAAAACUCGGUGGCAGUGUAUAGUUGUCCGCAGCUUGCUUCGACGUGUAGUCAAUGCCAUGCGUUAAACAAAGCGCGUUAUAGUUGCUGUUGGGGCGGCACCAAUCAGUGCGUUCAUUCCGGUACACACUACAGAUCACAAUGUCCAGCACCAAAUAUCACAAAGAUAAUACCAAGUCCUACUAAAGGUGGUACUCAUUUAAGCAUAUAUGGGACAAACUUAGGAAUGUCUGUGUCAGAAGUUGAAGACAUAACAGUUGCUGGUGUUCCUUGUGAUCUCAUCUCAGAUACAGAUUUUUACCAGAUGCAACACAGUCUAGAUUUUGAAACACCAGUACCAUCUUGGUUGGUAUGCAUAACAAGAAAAACUACAGAGGAAGUGACGGGAGCUGUUAAUGUGGUCGUUGAUGGUCAGAGUUCUGAAUCUAACCUGGAAUUCUCAUACAAAAUACCAAGAGUAACUGCUAUUUAUCCAACGUUCGGACCGAAAGCUGGCGGCACAACGGUAACUAUAUAUGGAAACAACCUGAGUGUUGGGAACAAGAAUGUAUCUGUACUUUUCGGGAAUCAGCCUUGCCAGCAAUCAAAGAUUUAUCCCGAAGAAGAAACGGAUGCCUCUAAUCACACCGUCCAGUGCACUAUCGAAUGUAUAUUACCUGGCGCUUGUAUUUCAAAUAUCACAGAACUAUCUUUCUCAAUUGAUGGACAAGAGGUUGUCAGAAGCAGUAGACUUUGGUACAGCUUUGUUAAUGAUCCAAUUGUAAACAAAAUAUCGCCGAAGACAGCAUUUUUCAGUGGUGGUACGACACUCACGGUAGAGGGGAAACAUUUAAGCAAUGUCCAUUCUUCAUUUAUAAAGCUGUCAUAUGAGGAAGAACAAAGAGUAACAGAUUGUGACAGUGUGUCUGCUGUACAAUGUUUAUGUAAAGUACCAGAAGUUCCUUCAGAUCUAAUAGAACAUUUCGCGAAUUAUUUCCCUUCUGGAAGAAUGAAAACCAGUGCAUGUGGUACCAGCAUAGAUGUUACUCUGGAACUAAAUUUUGACGCUGUAUGCCAGAACGUUACGAUAGCCUAUUUCCAGGAUCCGUUUAUUCACGACCUGCCGGGAGAUGGUAAUAUCAUAACAUUUGAUCCAAAAGAACCCUGGGUCGAAGUCACGGUUGAAUGCUUGAAUGUUGUUCCAGCAGACUCGGACAUUACUAUCACAGUCGGCACAGAAACAUGCAUAAUAAUAAAUUUGACAACAACGUCAAUCGUGUGUAUAGCUCCAACAACAAAACCACAGACUGUUAAAUCAGGGGUGAACCACCCACGCGUAAAAGUAUGUUCUUGUCUUAAGACGGAACUCUUUCAAGCACAUAAUAGAUUAUGAAAACUGACAAACAAAAACUUAUUUAACCCUUACCCUGCUAAAUUUCUAAAAUGAACUGGUCAAUCAUUCAAUUUAGGCAGCAUCACUUAUUAUUUGAGUUCACUGAAAAAUUACUGACUGUAUUGGGAACAGUGCAGACCAACAGAUGUGCCGGAUGAUCUUAGUUCGCAAAGGCAAAAUCACUUGCCGACAACAGGCUAAGGGAUAAAUAUAGAUGGAUAAACCCAGCAUUUAUAAUGAACAUAAAUACUGGGGGCUGACGCGUGUAACGAAAAAUGUUUCUCAAAGACAGCACGUGCAUGUUCCUCAAUGAAAGCGUGUUAACAUUCUGGCCUCGAACGGACCGGUGAGUAUAGUUAACACGGAAUACACUACGUACAUGUGGGAAAUGUUACAUAGUUUUAAACUUAGAAUAAAGAUUGUGCAAAUUUUUACGUGUUUCUACGUUUAAAAUGCCAGUAAAUUAUGGUCGUUUCAUGAAAUGAUGCAAUGUUUUGAUAAUCAUGACCUAAAUCUAUAAAUUUACACAUCAAAUGUAAUUGUAAUGCUAUCGUUUUUCACCAGUAAUAUCGUAGUGAUAGAAAGUAUUCGUUUUUUAGAACCAAAACAUAAAUUAUCAUCGGUUAACGAAUUGUUUUAAAAGAGUUGCAAUGCCUAGAUUAAGAAGAAACAUUGUGUUAGUUUCUAUACGAAAUCGAUAAAAGUGUGUGUUUCUAACAGAGAGUGCAUUUUUCACUGAAGACAUUUCCAAUUAUCGCGCGUCGACCGGUUUCUUGUCCACCAUAAGAACUAUGGAACGCCGCAACUGUCUUAUGUCGGGACAUUUCAUGAUAUCAUAUCAGAGUGUGGUCUUAACUUGUCAAAACAGUGUUUUAUUAUGUGAAAAAAAACUUAGUUAUCAUGUUAAAGUAUGGUGUUAACUUGUCAAAACAGUGUCUUAUUAUGUAACCUAGUCAUGAUAUCUUCUCAGAGUUGUGUUGUUAACCUGUCAAAACAGAGUUUUAUUAUGUUAAAAACUAUGAUAUCAUGUCA